CGAUACCGCGCGUGGAGGCAGGAUUGUCGUCUCUUUCACGGCGUCUUUUCUUUCGAUCUCAAAAUUUUAGUGAAUAAGAAUCUAAUAGAUAAUGCCUAACAUUAUAAAUGAAGUUAAAUUGGAUUUCAAGGACGUCCUUUUGCGACCCAAACGGAGCACGUUAAAAAGCAGGAAUGACGUCGAUUUGUACCGGGAGAUCACGUUCAAGAAUUCAGGGCAGACGUACCGAGGUGUACCGGUAAUGGCGAGCAACAUGGACACCGUAGGCACCUUCGAAAUGGCACAGGAGUUAUCGAAGCACGGACUCUUCACUUGCAUACACAAGUACUACUCGGCCGAGGACUGGAAGAAGUUUUCUGAUGCGCAUCCAGAAUGCUUGGAGCAAAUGGCCGCGAGCUCUGGCACCGCGGAGGCCGACUUCGAGCGUCUCACGGAGAUCCUGAAGACGGUCGCCGACAUCAAGUUCAUCUGUCUGGACGUGGCGAACGGGUAUUCCCAGCACUUCGUCGAGUACGUCCGGAGGGUUCGGGCUGCCUUCCCGAAGCAUACAAUCAUUGCAGGUAACGUGGUGACCGGUGAAAUGGUCGAGGAGUUGAUUCUAUCCGGAGCUGAUAUCAUCAAGGUCGGUAUCGGCCCGGGAUCGGUCUGUACGACCCGUAUCAAGACCGGCGUGGGGUACCCGCAGUUAUCAGCCGUCAUCGAAUGCGCUGACGCUGCCCACGGCCUCAAAGGGCAUAUUAUAUCGGACGGAGGCUGCACCUGUCCUGGGGACGUGGCGAAGGCGUUCGGAGCGGGGGCCGACUUCGUGAUGGCUGGCGGGAUGUUCGCGGGCCACGACCAGUGCGGGGGCGACGUCGUAACGCACCCCGACGGGAGGAAGGUCAAGCUGUUCUACGGGAUGUCGUCCUCUACCGCCAUGCUGAAGCAUUCCGGAGGGGUCGCUGAAUACAGGUCCUCCGAAGGUAAAACCGUUGAAGUGGAAUACCGAGGUGACGUUGCGAUAACGGUCAAGGAUAUUCUGGGUGGUCUCAGGUCGGCCUGCACUUACGUGGGAGCGGCAAGGCUCAGGGAAUUACCCCGUAGAGCCACCUUCAUCCGGUGCUGCAGGCAGGUCAACGACACCUUCUCUUAAUUUAUACGUUCCUGGUACUUUAAUAUUUUAAUUCAAAGCGGUCUUUGCUGAGAUUUUUUUUAUGAUUAUUGCUCUAACAGACCCAUAAGGUCGGACGUAUCAGUUUACAGAAGAACAAAUGUGAGUUUUAUAGAAUUUAUCACUAGGCUGUUUUUUAUAAUGUCACAACAGAAGUUACGACCUUGUUGAACUAGGUCCGUCACGUUCCACGAUUAAUUUUGAAAAUCACAACGCAUUCUAUCAAUUUUGAGUUUCUAUUCUUGUAUAUUAUGACUUGUAGACUUUAACACUAGGCUGCUUUUUAUAAUGUCAACAAAAAAGAAGUUACGACUUUGUGGAAUUAGAUCUAUCACGUUCCACGAUUAAUUUUGAAAAUCGCAAAGCAUUCUUUCAAUUUUGAAUUACAUGCUGUUCUUGUAUAUUAAUACAACUGAUAUUUUUUUGGUAGAUGACGUAACUCCUUGGAAUUAUGUGAGCCUGGUAGUUUGUUUUCAAAACGCCACAAAAUUUAUCGUUUUUGUAAUAAAUAAUAGUAGCUACGUUGUUACUAAAAAAAUAUUAUACAUUAUCUUCAUAAGUUAUAAUGCAGCCUCAGGACAACGGCAAAACUUAAUAUUGAAAUAUAAAAGCUAUCAUCAUCUUUUGGGAAUUUCACUUCACUAAGCUGUUCGUUCUAAUUUCGAAUUUAAAUUUCUGAACAACAAAAAAAUCUCUUUCUCUCUCUCUCUGUCUGCCUGUCUGUACUCCUGGUAUUUAAAAGAAGUUAUAUUACGUGACAGAGUUACUGUGUCAACUCUUUUGAGUUAUAGGACCCUGGUACUUUUUAUAUCAAGACAAAGUUUUUUUUAUGAAUAAAUUUCUGGAACAUUCGGUGGAACAUUUAAAAAACGAAAUAAAUUGCUAAAAAAAAUAAUCUAGGCACAAUUUUUUUUAUGUUUAGUUAGGUAAAAUGCAUUUUUCAAAAGACAAUCUUUAGAAAGAAAGUACACAAUAUUAUUUAUUAAUAUUUUAACUUUUAAAUAUAUAUUUUUGCACAAAAGCUAUAUGAAUUAUUAAAAUAUAAACAUAAAUAAUACCUAUUCAAUAGCAAUUUCAAUAAAAGCCUAAAUUCAUUUACAAUCGGAUGUCUUGUUUGUUAGAAUUUGAAAAAAAAAAUUGAAUACCGUAGACUAAUUAGAAUACCAAAGAAGUUAUGGCAUCUUUUGAAAAUAGUGCUUAUCCGUUUUCAUAUAGGGGAAAUUUAGAAAAUUUUAGCUAAAUAUUAAAAAUAGAUAGUUUUAUACAUAAUAACUUUUAUACACACUUGCUUGAACGCUAAAUGCUGGUGCUAAUUUCUUUUCUAAAUAAUUAUUUACGUUUUAUCUAGACGUUAAAUUCGACGUGGAGAGCAUAUCUAUCUUGCAAAUUACACAAAUUCAAAUCUAUACUUAGGUGUUGGGAGACCGCUUUUGCCUUUUUUGAUUUAGUGUUUCAUUGCUGG